AAUCUUCCUACGUGUCAACCCAACCGUCCCUCACGCCUCGCCAGGUGGCAUUCCGUCUUCGCCAUCUCUCUUUUUGUGUGAUUUUUGGGUAGAUCUCUCUCUCUCUCUCUCUCUCUCUCUCUCUACUAAGUAAUCAAUUCAAAACCAAAUUGAAGAAGAAGAAGCAAACCCUAGAAAAAUAUUUUUGUGGUUAUUGUUGAUGAAGUUGUAGACUUGGAUGGCGAGCAAUCGUGCAAUGUUGGAGGUUUCUCGAGUUGGAGAAGAUGAUGAAGAGAUUGAGCUGAGUUUGGCGUUGUCUGUUGGUGGAAGUUUCAGAAACUCCACGAAAUUAAAUCCUCAAGUUGAGAAAACAAUCAAUUCAGACGCAGAUCUGAUCAGCCAGGAAAAUCAAUGCCUCUCGAGAUCUUCGAAGAUCGAUCCGGUUGUUGGAGAUUCUGAGCCGGAGAAUUUAGAUCCGCAUAGAAAACGCGAGAUUCAAGCGCUGAGAAGGCAAGAGGCGCGAAAGAAGAGAGAAGAGAAGCUGAGGACGGGCGUUGUUUUGUCUGACGAUAAAAUGUUGCUGGAGACUCAACGCCUUCAAAAUUGGGUCAGAGACAGAGAGAUGAGAGAGAAGGAAGCAAACGUUGCAGAGCGAACAUGUAAGAGAGAUAAAAAGGGAAUCGGCAACAAAUGCGUUGUCGUGAAUGAGGAAGAGAUGAAACAACACAAUGAAGCCCCAAAUCUAAGUCAGGGGGGUUCGAUUCCGGUGCAGUAUGUGCCGUUGGCGUACCCUUGUGUGACGCCGUGUUGGGGUCCAAAUGUUGUGGGUUGGCGGAGUUUACAGCCAUAUCAGGGGAAUCUGAAUUCUGGGUGUAAUCCAUUGAUUGGGUCCGAUUCAGAGCAUAAUAACAGCGGCAAAGACGGUGGAAAUCGGAAUGCGGUGUCGAAUGGGUCUCCAGUCUGCAGUUCUUCUGUCGUUUCGGAACAUGGCAGCACCUCUCGCCAAGGUGGCAGCAGCAGCAGCGAUACUGGAAGAAGCCAUUCAAGUCACUGCAAACCAGAACAAUCCCAGCUGAACACAGCAAGCAAACAACUGGGACAGUCAGAGCACAGUGUUUCCUCUAACUAUAUGGACUCUGCCGAAGCCAAUGCUAAAGCAACAAACUGUACUGAGAAGACAGUUUCACCAGGCAUCAUCCAAGCCCACCUGACUAAACAUAGCGAACAAACUCACUCAGUAAGCCAACCUGAUCCGGUUGAGAAUAACAUUAAUAAAUCUCAAAAUCCAAACCCUGGUCCAUCGAAGGUGGCCGAUAGGGAUUUCAGCAAGCCUCCAAAGCCCAAAACUCAGAGUGUCCCUUCCUUCUCACAAAUGCCUUGUGUUUCAACUACAGGGAAUGGUCCAAAUGGGAAAACCAUUACGGGGUUUUUGUACAGAUAUACCAAAACAGAGGUCAGCAUCGUUUGUGUGUGCCAUGGAAGCUCAUUUUCUCCAGCUGAAUUCGUGGAGCAUGCUGGAGGCAAGGAUAUAACACAUCCGCUGAGGCACAUUACAGUGAUUCGUUCUGCUUUUGGGUGAUAGAAACUAUACCUGAAGACGUUUGAAUCCUUUUUUUUUUUUUUUGGGUCUUGUUUUGUACCUUUUAUGAGCUCCAGAAAUUGAGACUGGUGAAGUCUCAAAAAAUUGUGAGUAAAAAUGUAUGCUCGGUAAAUGCAUCAGCUCUCUCUGUCAAAAAUGGGCAGAGGAGACUUGUAGGUUUUUCUGUAAACCCCUUUUGAUUCCAUAAUAUAUUGUGAUUACUACUUUAAAAACUUAAGAUGAGGUUUAAUGCGAAA